AUGUCUUUAGUAAGUUAUGGUGCAAGCGAUGGAAGCGACACCAGUGAUGACGAUACAGUCACAACAAAUGUACAAACGACACAUAAGGUGGAAACUAAAAAUGUGUUAUCAUCUGGGCACAUAAGUGACGACGAAGAUUUUGAUGCUUCAGUUGGAUCGUCAUCUGUUACUUCUACGUGGACGUCAGAUGUGCAGUCCGUGAAAGGUUUCGAUAAUGGCUUACUUCGCAACCUCAAACCUGAUGAUGCUGUAAAUUCUACAUCAGUUACAACUUUAGAAGAUCUUCCAGCACCUCAGUCCAGGAUAUAUGCAACAGUAACAGAAGAGACAGAUCUGGAGGAUGAAGUUAAACCAAAGGCAUCUGAAAUCGCUAAUGCUCCAAAACCUCCAAGCAAGAAACUAAAACAACCAGUUAAAAUCACAAUCCCUUCAUUGGAUGAAGAACCUGAUAAUGAAGACAAAGAAUUGAAGAAAAAGACAGACUCGUCUAAAGUAAAGAGUGGCUUGUUUUCGUUGCUUCCUGCUCCAGUGCACACAAGUAAGAAGGAAACAAAUAGGCCACUUAUACCUUACACUCUCACCAAAAAACCUUCUUCAAGUACCUCAAGUACAAUCAGCAGCACUGGGGGCAAACAGUCCACAAGUACUCAGCUAAAGAGCAGCACCAGUACUAAGGUAAAGAGCAACACCGAGGCAGCCUCUACAACAGAGAUCUUCUCAAAGCGCAUGAGCACGUUCAAUGCCUUAACUGGCUAUGACAGUGACAGUGAGGAUGAUGAUGAUGCACAAGGCAGCACAACAAACUUCUUUUCUUUGUCAUCGACGUCUGAAGUGAUAGCAGGCAGCACCCAGUCGGAUAUUGCAAAAAAAAGACUUCAGAGCGAGGAAGUCUCCAGCUCCAAGUCAGACAUAACACUGACAGUUGUUAACCAAAGUAAGCAGGAAGAAGAUGUUGCGAGCAGUGAGAAAAAGGAAAAAGUUGAAAAUGUGGUAGAAGAAAAAGUUUCUGGUCCUGAACCAGGGGCUGUGAAUGAUGCACCCCUUGAUUUCAGAAGCGUGAACCGCCUCAGUGCCUGGUCUGGUUCCUCCUAUGGAUUCUUGGGACCUGUUGGCUUGUCUGGGCCAGUACAGGAACACAAAUCAUACUCGUUAUCUGUGAGCUCUUCAUCUUUACCAUCAAGUUCUGACUAUAACAUGGCCAAUUCUGAGGUCUCCAGUGAAAUGGAUGAUGAAGGCAUUGAAACUCUGGCAGAUGAUGAUCUGAAAAAGUUCAUGGGUGAAAAAGAGUUUCAGAAACUUCAAGGCAAAAGGAAACGUUUCGAGGAAGCAGUUGAUUUUGUGGAUGCGAAUGUUGAUGAUUUUGUUGAUCCGUCAGAAGUGACCAAGCACUUGACUGAAGAAACAGAGUAUGUGUCCCAAAGAAAUAAGGAUAAUCUGCCCACUGCCCAGCAGAGACGCAAGAAACAGAUCACUUAUCUUGCUUAUCAGGCUAAAGAGCGUGAACUGGAGCUGAAAAAUACAUGGGCACAGAAUAGAAUGACUAAAAAGCAGACUCAAUCAAAGUAUGGCUUCUGA